AUGGCGCCUCGCAGGCAAGGUCAAUCACAUACACGAGGAGAGAGUGAGGGUAAUUCGUCAGCUAACAACCAGACCGAGUUUAUGGCGGCGAUGACUAACCUAGAAAAUUCUAUGCAAGCGUGCACAUCUGUGACAGCUAAAGCUAUGGAGAGGUUGGGGCAGCCAAUUGGAAAUGGAAACGGGAAUGGAGAAGGGGCCGGAAACAACUUAGGAGGUGCUUUGAUGACUUUGGCUUCAUUUCUCAAGGUUCACCCGCCAACUUUCAGAGGGACAACUAACUCAACUGAAGCAGACAACUGGUUCCGAGCCAUGGAGCGUGCCCUACAGACUCAGCAUGUUCCGGACAAUAAAUUUAGGGAAUUUACGGCCUAUCGACUAAUGGGGGAAGCGCCACACUGGUGGCAAGAAGAAUGCCGGCUACUACAACUUCAGAACGUAGACAUUCUUUGGGAUGUGUUUCAAACAGCCUUUUAUAAGAAGUAUUUUCCAGAGUUCGUAAGAGAGGCUAGAGAGUUAGAGCUUAUGCAACUAAAGCAAGGCUCAUUGUCUGUAGUAGAGUAUACGAGCAAGUUCGAGGACAUUCGUAGGUUUUAUUGGGUGUGUCAGGGUGUCCAUGAGUCCUAUGAGAGUUGGAAAAGCAUCAAAUAUCAAGGAGGGAUCAAGGAUGACAUUAUGACUGCUGUGACUCCAUUGGAGAUAAGGAGGUUCUCGGAACUAGUGAACAAGGCACAGGUUGUAGAGGAUUGUGCCAAGAAGAUAGCUGUGGCAAGAGAUAACCGUGGAGAUACCGAUAGCCAAGGCCGUAGAGACAGAUGGACAUACUCCUCAGCAUCUUCAAGGUCAAGGGAGCUUUGGAAGGAACAAUAA